UGUCUCAGAUUUUUCAGAAAAUGCCUGGUUUCAAUGCUUUAAUGAAGGUGCAAUUGCUAUCAUGGGACGCGAGGCUAAGGAGCUGCUUAAACUACGUGAUGAAAACGUGGAACUUUACGAAGAAUGCUUUGACCAAGCGUGCUUAAAUUCUUUCGUGUUUCGAUGCCGUGCUAAGACCGAAAUUUAUAAUGAACAAACUAGAAUUAGGUAUACUGUAACAGGUAUAGCACCAGUUGAUUAUGCCGCACGGGCUCGAGAGCUAUAUCAGGAAAUAGAGAUGAUGAGCAAUUAG